GUGCAUAUCCCGGGCCGGACCGCGCCCCGGCACUGUCCGCACCGAGCACCGAGCCCCGCACGCACGGAUUUUGGCAGCCCCAGGGUCAGGAUGCCGUCGCAGCUGGAGCACGCCAUGGAGACGCUGAUGUUCACCUUCCACAAGUACGCGGGGGACAAGGAGCACCUGGCCAAGGAGGACCUCAGGGCGCUCAUGGACAAGGAGUUCCCGGGGUUCCUCGAGAACCAGCGCGACCCCAACGCCCUGGAUCGCAUCCUGCGGGACGUUGAGCAGAGCCGCGAUGGCCGCGUCGGCUUCCAGGGCUUCUUCUCGCUGGUGGCCGGGCUCACCAUCGCCUGCAACGACUACUUUGUGCAGCACAUGAAGCAGCGCGGCCACCGCUGAGCCCCCCACCCAUGGGUGCCCCCCACCCAUCUUAGGGUGUCACCCCAAACCCGCCUUGGAUCCUCCCUUAGCCCUAAAUGUGUGCCUUGAUCCUUCCUUGGGGUUUUGAACCUUUCCUAUGAGGUCCUGACCCUCCCCGAUGGGCUGAGACCCCCCCCCAAAGGGGUGAUGAACCCCUCCCCACCCAUGGGUGCCCCCCACCCAUCUUAGGGUGUCACCCCAAACCCACCUUGGAUCAUCUCUUAACCCUAAAUCCUUCCUCCUAACCCUUGAUCUCCCUUUGGGGUUCUGACCCCUUCUCCCUGAGGGUCCUGAGCCCACCCAGGGGUUCCUGACCCCCCACAUUGCAAGCUGAGACCCCCACCCAUGGGUGCCCCCCACCCACCUGGGGAUGUCACCCCAAAACCAUCCUGGAUCCUCCCUUAACCCUAAAUGUGUGCCUUGACCCUGAUUUGGGGUCCUGACCCCCCAUGGGUGCCUCCAUCCCCCCCAUGGGUGCCCCCAGCCCCCCCCCAGC